AUGAAUUCCGCUCGUCUACCAUUCUUUGAUUUGGUAGCGGAGCUCUUCGGAGCCGUUACCAGGGCAAUGUUUGGGUGGAUCGUUCGAUUGCUUCUUUGCAUGCUGGUGUUUGUCUUCGUGAUGGAAUACAGCUGCCCUUGGGAUUUCUCAAUCGAUGAGCGAGCGAACGAUUUCAAUAUGACAGUAUAUGCUGAGCUCAACGUGAGCAACCGGACUUGGACGAACGAUUCUCUGGCUCUCGACGAGUCAAACCGCAUUCGCCCGCCCUUUGUUUUUCAUGAGAUCGAGGACACGUUGAGUCAUCUUGACGAGUUGAUGCGUAAAUGGGACACCCAACGAGGUGUCAACCCACAGGAUGCUUCCACCUUUGCGUCGGAGCGUCAGGGUGUGAGUGAUGUGCUCGCCUUGUCUUCAGUUGUUUCACAUGCCGGUGGCUUUGAACCUUUGUCCCUAGUCACCCCCUGGUCUUACGAUGUCUCGCCGACGUCAAGCACGCACAUUGAUUUGAGCGCUGUGCAUGCUGAGAGCUUGCGAGACAUCAUGAAUGCAUUGAAGGGUCAUGUUCAGGGGAUGCAAGUUCUGAUUGAGCGGUUGGAAAGUAAUGAUGAGAAGCAGAGUUCUGUGAAGCGUAGGCUCCAGGACUUCGAAUCUCUGGCUCGUCCCAUUGCUGCUUUCCGCCGGUCACAAGACAAGAAUAUGCAUCGUAGAAGGUUUCGCUUCAGUCAUGGCCUUCGUCGUAGCUUGCGCAAGAUGCUGAAGAGGUUGUUCGCGGGCGGUAUUCCCCAGGGUAUGUGUGUGGUGAUUCCAUUGGCUUCGGGAGUAAUGUAUCUGUGCUCUAUGAUGCCGGGUCACUUCCGACCGCCUAUGAAUGGACCACGUAAUCACGCCCAUGUGGGCGACGCGGGGCCACCCUACGUUGGUACAGCAACCUUAAAGGUGCCGCCUGCUUGGUCGAUAGAAAGAAAUCAUUCGUACAACUUGAGGGCGUGGAUAUCUGACUUGGUGUUAUGGUCGUCCGCAACUGACCUAGAACCGCAUAGGCUAGGACCCAUUGCAGCUCUGCAAGUCAGUGGCUCGGCCAAGGAACUUGUCAGGGAGAUACCGCCUGAAAAUCUGGCCAACGGUGUUUGGGAUGGACAGCAACAGAUCACAGGACUGAUGCUGCUAGUUCGAACCUUGGUUCAGCGGUACGCUCCUCUUGAGGGCGAGGCUUCCACCCGAGCCAUAUCAGAUUUCUUAAAUUUCCAGCGACUUCAAGGCGAGUCCGUGGAUGCUUUUCUGGUCAGGUUUGAUGUCUUGCGCAAUCGAGCGCAUCAGAGAGGAGGACUUGGGGUUAACCAUUCGGGACUCGCAUGGUUGCUUUUACGCGCACUUAAUGUUUCGCCUGAUUUGGUCGAUCGGUUGCUUCAGCCUCUGGGUGGUCAACUUCCCCAAAAUGAUGAGCAGCUCGGGCAGCUCAUGGAGCGAGUCCGUCGGCAGGGUCAUUUGUUUGAGGGAGGAUUUCGUCAUAACCCUCAUGAGCAAGCUGGCACCGGGGAUGCAGGCAGGUACCAUUUCUUUCCCACAUUCACAAAUCCUGUCAAUGCGUCGCAAUCUGCAUACCCCAACAUGCCUGACAACGCUUAUGCUUCGGCCGAUGGUGGCGGAUGUUGGGCAUCUGAGGGUGCGCAAGAUGACAUUGCCAGGAUGAUGGGCGGCAUGAGUGGCUUGGGUAGCUACGCCAUGAGUAACGAAACUGAUCAUUGCCAAAUGUGUGGCACUUUCUUUGAGGAUGAAGAGUUUUCUAGUGCCACUGAGUCAGACACAGGAUCGCUAGAUGAAAAUGCCCAGGCAUAUGCUACUGUAUUUAUUGAUGGACAGGGUUCAAGUGCAUCGCAGUCGGCUGCUCCUUCUGAGAUUUCCGGCUCUCCAAGCCGAUAUGGAACUGCGUAUGAUGAUGAGUUGGCUAGGUUGGAGAGUGCGUCGCAGAUGGGAAGUGAGCGGUCGCGCAAGUCGCGACGAUCGGUGCAAUCCAUGCCUCCCGCAACUGAUGUGCGUGAGUUCCCUGAUGUGGAGGAGCCUGCGCCUGAGGAUCGUUUGCCAAGCGGAGGUGACAAUCAGGGUUACCCCAGGGUCGAGACGCUCGUUGCCGGGGCUCCUACGCCCAAGCAUCCUCCUCCGGGUGCUCCAGGUCCAAGUGAGGAUAGUUUGCAGAGACAGCGUGCAGUGCUGCAGUUGAGUUCCCUGUUGCACACUUGGUGGGAAAGCGAAGAAACCCCUGCAUCACCGACAUCUGCUUUCCUCAAGUCUGAUGACGCUAAUCCUUCGAGUACCAUGUAUCAUUUGCGUACCCGUUUGCCAGGUGGUCGAGUUGGUCUGCUUGUUGAUCCGGGUGCGCAUGAUAACUUGGUCGGUUCACGGUCCUCUGAGUGCAUUGCAGCGCAAGUUGGGGGUACUGCUCAACCACUGAAGAUGGAUCGACAUCUGUCGGUGGAAGGCGUUGGUAAGCAAAGCCAGACGGCUAGCCAGGCGCAGAGGGUACCUUUGCAUUUGAAGGAUGUGGACGGCAAAGUUGUUAUGGGUUCCUUCACUGCACCGGUCAUUGAGGACCCGGUGGAUGCCAAAUUAAGUGUUCACCUGGCACUCGUGUGUUUGACCUUGAAAUGCCCAGUGAUGUCAGCGAACGAUUGGACUUUCCCAUGGUGUGUCGCCGAGGUCAACAGUCGAGAAAUUGUUGUGAUGAACGUUGACGAACGGCUGAGUCUGCUGAGAUUUCCGAUGCUACACAUCGUGCUUCCAGCCGAGGUGCUGGUGCAAAAGCUGAUGCUUCGAGAAGUGGAGGGCGGUUUGAGCGGACCUGAAGCAGCAGCUUGGUUGGAAGCGCGUGGUGUGCGCCUUGAUUUGAAAGCCAAGGAACAACAUGCCACAACGGUGGAGCGACACCACGAAGUGUUGCGCAGACAGUUCCACCUGUUGGACACCAAUGCACUCAACGAAGGCUUAAAAGCAUCCUUCGAGGCGGUCUUAGCUGAAUGUAUCUUUGCAAAGAACAUUCUUUUUAACCUCGGUGGAAGCACGCCUUACGAGUGUGUGUUUGGCAGAGUUCCUCCGUUGAUCACUGUUGUGUCGCAUGAAGCUCCGGACUUUGUUGAUGAUCGCGUGCAGGUGAAUUGCUUGAGCUUGAACCUGGUGGCAAGGCAGAGUCAUUUCUUGUCGAAUCCAGGAUGUUCGGAGGGCGCUGACUUACGCGGCAGCUGGAGGGCCUUUGAAGGCAACCAGCGCUAUCCUCGUGAGCUUCUGGCCGGAUUGCAUGUUGCUGCUUGCAACCUUGGCUUCAUGGGAGUGGUUGCUUUACGAUUUGGUCGUGCGAUCUCGUCGUUGCCUGCGGCACCUUGUGAUGAAAGUCUUCUCCUAUGGUGGGAUCCGAAUAAGCUUGAUGAGUGGAGAACCGCUCUCUUGAGCUGUGCCCAAAGUAUCAACUUUGCAAGGCUUUGUGAAACAAAAUCGCCCGACGUUUGUUUUGUACAGUUCUUCGCAGAAAGUUCCGAAGUAAUUCUUGAGUUGCGAAAGAUUGCCGUUGAUGUGCCGAAUGUUGGGGGGAUUCACGAUCCGGCUUUGCCUGCCAUGGUUGAUUUGACUCAACAGGUUCAACGUCGUGAGCGUCAAAGGUUGGCGAUUCUUGAUGCUGAGCCCCAGCCUGAGACCUUCGACGUUGGAACUCCUGAAGACGGCACUCAAGGUACCGAAGAAGUCGUAACUGAAUCUGAAGUGGACUCUGAGCCACUUGUCUCUUUGUAUGCGUGCAGGCCUCCAGAGGUUUGCGUUGAUGCUGCAUCCGAGAUUGCCUUCGUUUGUUCAUCCGAAGAACUUUUGUCAUCGCCUCCUGAACUUGAGUUCGCGAAUCCUGUCAGGGCUUUUCUUACAGUUGACAAGCCGCAAAGCCGUAACGACGAAUCUUUGGUGAUGUUGGUUGACGGUUCUGGCCAAGCAGUGAUAGAACGCACUCAUAACAUAUUGACUCGCGCUGAAGCGCUUGACCAUGUAGAUGAGUGUCGCGAAUCAAUGGUUAAGGAACUGACACGGUGGCACAAGCAUCAAGCCUGGAAGCGAGGACCACUGCGUGAGGCGCAGAAUGCCUUGACUUCCCGAUGGGUUCUUAAGUGGAAACAAAUAGAUGGUAAGAAAUCGGUUAAGGCAAGGUUGGUUGCGCAAGGGUUCAAGGACCGACAGUCCGUGCAGAAUUAUGCGUCAACCACAACACGUUGGGGCCAACGCAUUUUGUUGGCUCUGUCAGUGCAGUUUGGAUGGCGGCUGGCAUCCGCUGAUGUCUCAGAGGCAUUCCUCCGUGGACUGACAUUCAAGGAGUUACACGAGAUGGGCGUAGAUUCUACGCUUCGUCAGGUGCAGUUAAUCCUGCCUCCCGGAAGUGAAGAGUUGAUCCGCACAUUGCCAGGACGGUUGAUCUUAAUCAUUUCGGUGCAUGUGGAUGAUCUCAAAAUCACUGGUGAAGAAUCCGAGAUAACUGCUGCCAUACGCUCUCUUGAGUUGGAUUUCGAUGCUUUGAAACUGGAAUACGACAACUGUGAUCAUCUAGGAUUGAAGCAUCGUUUGUUGCCGUCUGGAGCGCGAGCCAUCAGUCAACAACAUUACGUGCAGGAGCUUCGGCCGAUAGCUGAUGCAGAUCUAAAACUUCGCAAACAGGAUGAAGUAGUGGAAGAUGAGCUUAAAACCAAAUUUAUGUCUCUGGUCGGGGGCAUUGCUUGGGUCGUUCAAACGCGACCUGAUGUGGCAGUGUUUGUGGCGGCUCUGCAGAGACGCCUUAAAGAGCCGCGGGUCAAGGACCUCUUGAACUUGAAUAGAGUUCUUAAGUACGUUAAACUUAGACCCCUUGAGCUUGUUUUCCAUAAGAUUCCUGAUCCUUGGAGGGUUGUUGUCAUUUCGGACAGUGCCUUCAAGGGUGAAGAUCAAGACUGCUUGGCGAUUCGAAGUGGUAUUGUUGCUUUGACGUCCAAGAAUGGGCCAUCUCUUGGCAGCAAUCGGCUGCAAGUUCUGGAGUUCGUGACGAAGAAACAGAGCAAAGUAUGCCGAAGUACAUUCGCAGCUGAACUACAUGGGUGCUUGGAUAUUCUCGGUACAGCUAAUAUUAUCAAUUCGGCACUCACGGAGAUCCUGAGCGGCGCGAAGUCUGCAGAUGAGCUUUCUAAGAUGCAGGAUGAGGGAACUCAUUCUCUAGACCUUGAUACGGUGAUCGAUGCAAAAUCUGUUUGGCAAUCCGCGACCUCGGAGGAGUUGCGCUGCAAUGAUCAUUUGGCGCUGUUGCAUUUAUGCAAGCUUCGGGAACUUAUUAGCUCGAACGUACGCCGUUUCAUAUGGUGUGACACUCGUGACAUGUUGGCGGACGGACUCACGAAGGGAGUCAUUGAUCGUCAAGCUUUGCGAAAACUCGCACUCGAAGGAGUGUGGGACAUAACUCAGUCCUUGGAAGUCUUUGUGAAGCCCAAAACGGGAAAUAUCCCGGCUCGAGUGCUGGGAGUGGAGACUGAAGCUGAGGUGAUGCUUGCACGGACGUUUCAAGGGAUCUACCGCCACGAUUUGGUCGAUGGCGAAGUCCGGGAGGUGUCAUGCGAGUCGCUGGACGACUGCUACGAGAAAGGCAUCAUGACGCCCGGCAUGAUGCUGCAUCGGAUGUGGGCCAGGGAGAUUGACGAGGCCCUCCGGCGCCGCCAGGAGAAGUUGGAUGCACUGCAGAACGAGUCCGCAAUGCUGGCGAAGCAGAUGCAGGUGAGGCGCAUCCUUCGCCGGAUGCUUGGUGCUGGCGACCCGCAAAAGGCUCCCAGCAUACGAAUGGUGCGUCGCUUCGAGGACAAGCCAAGAGGCGUGACGGUGCUGAUGCUGCUCUUCGAAGCCUGGCAAGGGCAGGCGGUGCCUGCUGUGAUUUUCAUGCCUGUCGGCUUGGAAAACAGCUCUGCUCAGCUGCCUGCAGUGCUCCAUUUGCCGGGGCAUUUGGCUGGUGGCUUGCGGGAUCCCGAAGAGCAGCGCCUCUCGCUGGGACUGGCGCAGAGAGGCUUCGUCGUCAUGAGCUUCGACCCGAUCUCGCAGGGCGAACGCACCCAGUACGGCGACGGUGGAGAGGACAUCGAGUGUGCCUUGAAGUACCUGCACUCCCCUGCGGAUGGUGCCGAGCCUUGCCCGAGCGUCGGCCCACCUUGUUCGACAGCUCACAAUCACUUCGGCCAGCAGCUAUGGCUCCUCGGUUUGGGAGCACAAGAUCUGUUCGUACGUGAUGCGCAGCGAGCCCUCGAUGUUCUGACGGAGCUUCCCUUCGUCGACGCCUCGAGGAUCGGUGUCGUUGGGUGCAGCGGUGGUGGUGCUCUAAGUGCCUACCUUGGUGCGAUCGACCCAAGAGUGACUGCAGUGGCUGUGGCGUGCUACUUCUCCACCCUAGGACGCGAGCUGGAGAUAGGCACUUGUAACUAUGAUGCCGAGCAAAUCCUGUGGAAGAUGGCGUCGUAUGGUAUCGACAAGCCAGAUCUACUCCGCGCUCGUGCACCAAAACCAACAGCUGUGAUUCUCACUUCUCACGAUUGCUUCCCGAUCCUGGGUGGACGGGAAGGCUUCGAGGAGGUAGAAAAGGCCUUCCGUGCCCGGGGUGACCCCUCGGGGCUCUGCGCCAGCGAAGCGCCUGGCUACCAUCAGGUCACGGAUAUUGGCUGGAGGGCCAUUCGGAUGUUCUUUGAAGAUGAGCUGCAGCCUGCCUGGCGGCCACUUGUGCUCGACGAGAGGCCGCUGCCUUGCAGCGCGCUCUGGUUCAGUGAGAAAGAGCUGCGGGUUGGAGUUACACCCGAAACCGGAUGGCGAGAUGUCCUCGUGCCGCAGCUGGCCGCCAAAGUCAGCCGGCUCCCGCGGCAGCGCCUCCGCGCUCGCCGUCGCCAGGCCGAGGCUGGCUUGAGGAGGUGCAAGCAGCUGGCUUGGCAGGCUACCGCAGGUCAGCAUGCGCGUGGCACAGCUGUCCCGCGGAGCCGUGGACGAGGUGAGAGAAGCAGCGGCGCUGCUGGAGAUGCCAGCCGCUCCUGUAGAGCAGCCCUCUUUGGUGGUCGCAAGAACCCAGUUCUUCAGCCAGGGCAAGCAGGAGACUUACGUGCUCUACAGUAG